AUGGAGGAGAAGCUCCGCGAGCAGCAAGAAGAUGCGCAGCGUAGAGAGGAAGAAGCGCGUCGCAGGGAAGAGGCCGCAAAAGCCGACAAUGAGAAGCUGCGGGUGGAACAGCAGGAGACUCGCACUACAUUAAUCGCAAUAUCGGCACAGUUGAGAGACCUGCAACAGAAGAACCAGAUGAAAAGGCAGCAGCAACAUCAGCCUCCCCAGCAACCAGGGCCAUCGACGUCAGCCGUCUCAUUGCGGAACGUAGAGGUGCAGGCUCAACCAGAGGAAGACAUUGACCACAGCUCGUUUGUUGAGGUAGUGCGCCGCAAGCCCCGCGGGAUAAACAGCGGCAAGUCCUCUAGUCAGCAACGUGAGCAGCAGCAGAGAUCGCUUCAGCAGCAGCAACAGCAGCAGCAACAGCAGCAGCAACAGCAGCAAGAACAGCAGCAGCAACAGCAACAGCAGCGGAAGAUACGUCGGCCAAAGGCAGACCUCAUAGAAGUUGUUCCCCAGGAGGGCCUUACAUGGGAUAGUGUGUACCGCAAGGUACGCGACACAGUGCGAGAUGACCCAGCACACAAGAAUCUCGAAGAACAUAUUGGGAUGGGUAAGCGCACGCGAGCGGCCCUCCUUCGUAUAGAGCUCAGCCGGUCGGCAGACUCCACUCUAGUGCUACAGGAAGUGCAGGAAAUAAUCGGAGGGUCUGGAGUUGCUCGUGUCGUAACGGAGAUGACGGAACUACUGGUUACCCACAUUGACCCACUUGCCGAGGAGGAGGAAUUAAAAGCAGCUCUCAAUGAAGAGCUGCAAGUUAACGCUGGCGUGACAGCUAUAAGCAUGUGGCAACUCUUUGAUGGAACGAAGCGGGCAAGAGUUCGUUUGCCGACCAAAGCAGCCAAGCAGCUUGCCGGACGAAAGUUGAGACUGUGCGGUUGCAUCAGCAGUAUAAAGGAAGCCAUGCCCGUCUCGGUAGAUCGACAGCGAUGCUACCGCUGUCUGGAAAGAGGCCAUCUGGCGCGCGAUUGUCAAUCUCCCGUGGAUCGCCAACAGGCGUAUAUUCGGUGCGGCGCAGAUGGUCACUAUGCCAAAAGCUGCACUUCCGAGAUCAAGUGUGCUGCGUGCAACGGUCCCCACCGCAUUGGCCAUAUCUCUUGUGCUCGUCCUGCAGCGCGAUGCCUGCACUAAAAAUUCUGCAACUCAACGUAGACCACUGUCGCGAGGGCCAGGCCUUAGCACUACAAGCAGCGCGAGAGCACCGUGCUGACAUAUUGCUUCUGUCUGAUAUGCACAGGCCGCCUGAGAACAACGGGGGAUGGGCGUAUGAUGUAUCCAAGAAAGUAGCGGUAGUAGCCACCGGCUCGUACCCUAUACAGCGAGUGUGGGGCAGCGAGCUACGCGGACUAGUCGCUGCUCAGGUAGCCGGUAUCACAUUCAUGAGUGUAUACGCCCCUCCAAGCCUGUCAGCACAUGAGUUUGAGCGACUAUUGGGGGCCAUUGAGUUGGAAGCCGCGUCUCAUUCCCGCGUCGUAGUUGCGGGGGACUUCAAUGCCUGGCACGAAGAGUGGGGCAGCGGGAGAAACGGGCAGCGUGGGAUCGAGCUACUGCAAACUGUGGAAACACUGGGACUCUCGAUCCUCAAUCGAGGUCGCAAACCAACCUUCAUCGGACGAGGUUUCGCGGCUAGUAGUGUCAUUGAUGUAUCGUUUUCGAGUCGGGAGAUUGUUCGCCCCGACACCUGGUCAGUGAUCCCCUUUUCGAGGUCGGAUCAUGAAUUAAUAGCGUUCGAGGUCAAAAAACCAGAUGAGAACCCGGCCGGGGCGCAACAGCACCUGUCGCACCGACCACAAAGGUCGACACGCAAGAAUCCAGCAGGCCGACAGCAUGACCGUUGCGAUAGUAGGCGAUGGAAAACGACCCAAUUCAACCGACAGUCAUUUCGAGUAGCACUACGCGCCAACAACUUCCAGGAGAGAGCGGUGAGCCAUAUUGGCAUGAUCGAGGCACUUGUCGACGCCUGCAGUGAAACUAUGCAACGGAUCUCUGGGCUGCACAAGAGCCCACAUCACGACAUGUAUUGGUGGACCCCAGAGAUCAAGCGCCUACGUGAUGAUUGCCUUGCCGCGCGAGAGAGAGUACAACUGUCUCACGAUUUGGAGGAGAGGAGCAUGGCGGCAGCAGCUCACCGUACAGCGAAAAGUCUGCUCGAGAAGGCCAUCCGUACCAGCAAGCGCCAACAGUUCCAAGAGCUGAUAGACAUUGCCGAGACCAACGAUUACGGAACCGGUUAUAGGGUGGUGAUGUCCCGACUGCGGGGUAGCCCUGGGCCGCCUGAAACGGAUCGCGCCGAACUGGAGAGUAUUGUCUCUGACCUGUUCCCCACGCACCCACCCGUAUCAUGGCCUGUCUCUUCAGAUGCUCCAACGACCGUCCCAUCAGACAGCAGAGUAGAACCGCAAGAACUACUAUCUAUUGCUGCCGGGAUGGUAACGAGGAAGGCCCCAGGUUUGGACGGGAUUCCGAACGCUGCGGUGAAAGUGGCGAUAGAGGAAUACACGGAGGAGUUUUGUCGCCUGUACCAGGACUGUCUCUCGCGCGGCACCUUCCCGCCGCAGUGGAAAAGACAGCGACUGGUACUACUCCCAAAGCCUGGCAAACCCCCAGGAGAGAGCAGCUCGUAUCGACCGCUGUGCAUGCUUGACGCACUUGGAAAGGUACUGGAGCGGCUCAUUCUCAAUCGCCUGAAUCGUCACAUCGAGCAA